AACACACGGUCGCCAUUUCCAUUCUUAGUACCCCUUGGAUAUGCCUCGCGGUUCAGGUCGUUCCGGUGGUCGUUCUGGCGGUCGUUCACGAUCCCCAAUUAGACGGUGGGGAAACUCUGGCGCCGGUGGUAAACGUGGGAAGUUUGAUUUGGGCAAAGAUGUUCAAGCACUCAAGUGGAAUCUUGCUGAACUGCCCAAGUUUGAGAAGUGCUUUUAUAUCGAGCACCCUAUGUCCGCUGCUCGCUCUGAAGCAGAAAUAAAUGCCUUUAGAAUGGAGCAUAAAAUGAGUAUUUCUGGUUCCAAUAUCCCGCGUCCCGUGUUUUCGUUUGCCGAGCUGAACCUUCCCGAUCAAAUUAUUAGGGUGGUCGCAAGGAAUGGCUGGCUAAAUCCUACUCCUAUUCAAGCCCAGGGUUUACCGAUGGGCUUGUCUGGCCGCGAUGUUGUCGGAAUUGCCCAAACAGGCUCUGGUAAGACGGCGUCAUUUAUUAUACCGGCAAUGGUACACAUUGGAGCUCAGCCACGCAUUUCGAGGGGUGACGGGCCUAUCUGUCUGGUCCUCGUUCCUACUAGAGAGUUAGCUCAGCAGGUUUUGUCAGUCGCGCAGGAGUUCGCUUCUUCUGCUGGCAUGCGCACGAUGUGCUUUUACGGGGGCUCCUCUCGUGGUCCCCAAAUGCGCGAUUUACAGCGUGGUGCGGAGAUUUGUAUCGCUACACCUGGGCGCUUGAUUGAUUUCGUCAGAAGCGAAAAAAAACUUUUAUCUAGAGUUACCUAUUUGGUCUUGGACGAGGCAGAUCGGAUGUUGGACAUGGGAUUUGAGCCUCAGAUCAGGACUAUAAUCUCUCAAAUACGUCCCGAUCGUCAAACCCUCAUGUGGUCGGCCACCUGGCCUCGAGAAGUGCAGACAUUAGCCCGGGAUUUUCUGACCGAUUAUAUUCAGGUGAACAUCGGCUCUGUGUCUCUACAUGCCAACCCCAACAUUACGCAAAUCGUAGAAGUUGUCGAUGAGUGGAAUAAAGAGCGACGCUUGGUAGAACUCCUAACUCUAUUCGGACAUGCGCGCUGCCUUGUCUUCGCUGAGACGAAGCGCAAAACCGAUCAAAUAACUUACACUUUACGGCGACAGGGGUUUGCUGUCGGUGCUAUGCAUGGAGACAAACAACAACGAGACAGAGAGGCAACUCUUGCAAGUUUCCGGGACGGGCGAAUAUGCGUGUUGGUAGCUACUGACGUCGCCUCGCGUGGUCUUGAUAUCGAUGAUAUUCAAUACGUCAUCAACUUCGACUUUCCGAACCAAACUGAAGAUUACAUUCAUCGUAUCGGCAGAACUGCUCGAAGUGACAAAAAAGGGACUGCUUUCACUUUUUUCACUUCUAAAAACGUCAAGCAAGCACGAGAUUUGAUUGAUAUACUGGAAGAAGCCAAUCAAGAAGUAAACCCUGAACUAUACCAGAUGUCCGGAAUUUCUGCAACUUCAAGGAAAUCUAGCUUCAGGGCGAAAAAUCAACCACCAUUUGGCCCAAAGCCGCCUGCUGGCCGUUUCGGGAAUCCUGUGGGCACGAGUUUCCACAGUGACGUCUCAAGAUUCUCAAGCCAAAAUAUGAGGGCCCCUAGUUUCACUGGGGGUUCGUCUGGGUACCAGAACGGAUCUGCAUUACCUAAUGUGAACUCAUCCGCUCCUGAUCUGCAUAGCAUGGGUAGUAAUUACCCAUCAAGGCCCAAUCCUGGGGUUCUCGGCGAUUCCGUUUUCGCCGGGGUUCGUGAAGCAACGUCCGGCCCACUAGCGUCUAAUGCGCCUUUUUCUAAUUUUGGAUCUAACCAACUCCCAAGUGACAACCGAACUAAUGAAGGUAAAUUUGGCCCGGCAAGCGCCAGCGCGUAUAAGCCUGUGCCCCCCUUGAGCGCACCAGCACCAGGUGCGAAUAGGUGGGACAGACGCGCGCCUGAUAAUGCCACUACUGCAAUGCCACCCGUUGCGAAUGAUCCUGUGCAACCUACGAUCGUCAGUGGAAACAACCCCAGCUGGGCUGGAAAUCAAUGGGGCGAUAACAGAGCGCCCAGUGGAACUCAGCCUUCGUGGAAUGCAAACCCCACUUCCCCUUUCACGGGGGCUAAUGUGAACAGACGUCCAGCUCUCGAAGCACCAGGUCACAAUUUCACCGCAGAUAAUGGCGGUAUGCGCUCUCGAGGUUCAUCUGGGAAUCUCAAAGUUAAUUCUGUGUCUCAGAACUCAGCGUUUCCUCAAUCAUGGCCUAACUUCGGCCAACAAUCUUUUUCUCAAAACCCUGUACCAGCUCCUGGUCCAGCUAACGCUCCAAAUUGGGGUCCUGGCUGGACUCAGCCAUAUUUUGGAAACUUUUAAACACGUCUACCUGUGGUAUUUUAUUUCCAACAUGACGUUUCUCCUAUCUAGCAACUUCAGGUUGCCCGUUCAUUGCAGUUGCUAAAAGUGCUCCCACCGUUUUCGUUCAGUUCAUCUUUCCUGUUGUACUGGGUUACGUCUACUUCAGCCAAUUACUUGACUGUUAAAUGACGGAUGUGUAUCACAAAUUUUUCGAAUAGGACUAACGCUUUUUCCCCAUUAGCUUUGGGCUGGUUUUCGGAUUAUGGUAGAUCACCUCGUCAAUCUCCUGAAUGGCCUCAUUGUCGUGCUUUUGCACAGUUUUGUCGUGAUACUAUUCGCUUUCAUCUUCCCUGGAUUUAAAUUCCUCGUGAUAAUGUGCCGUUUGGUACAUCUCAUUUUCUCCUUGGCAAUCUUCAGUUCCCUGGGGAUUGCCCGUUUCUUUAUUCGCCGAGCUGUACGGUCAUUGUCUAUCAAGGGAGCCCAUCGAUUUGACAUUUUUCAAGUGACGUAAGAAAUCCGGUGCUUUAUUCAUCACAAUAACUCUAAGGAAACGGCAAUUUUUAGAGGUCUUUUCCUCCUUGCUUCUUGGCUGCCUCUUGCGCGUCGUUUUUUUUCGCGCUUGCACGUUCCUUCGUCUGGUUGUGCAGAGUUCAAAAUCGUCUUCCACUAAAUCCUAUCGAUGCGUUUUAUUCGUUCCAUGGUAAAUAGUGGACACUGAUUUCAUCGCCCGUUCACACCCACGUUCCGCUUGGUUCUCAAUCACUAACUAGGUAAUGCCGAUUGCCGCCGUCAUGCCGUUAAAAUUUACUAGAGUAACCCUACUCAGUUCAUGUUUAACAUUUGGUUAUCUCCAGUCCAAGAACCUGUGUAAGGCUACAUUUGGAGCCCAAGCUUUAUUGGUUUCAGGUCGACCACCUCGCCAACUAAGUAAUUCUGAUCAUAAUGUGAAUAUGCUCACAUCUACCUGAUGUAAUCGGAUGACGUGCGCCGAAUAUCUGAUCUAUCCUUCAGACGCGUUUGCGAUCAAUCUUAAUCGCUCCCUGCAAUGUGUGCGGUGCGUGGACCGCAGUUUCGCCUAGAUUGUUUGAUCGCCACUUCCGCGGCCGAAAGUUCCCUGUAAACACAUUCUCUCGUUGUUGCUUCAGUCUUCGAUUUCGUAAUUCUAUAGCAAUUUUUAAAAAAUUUGUUGCUACGUGGGUCGGAAGGAUACUGUGAUGUAACCCAAAAGUCACUGGUUCCGAUUUACGUAGAUGCGGAUAACCUGGUAUCUUGCUUACGCGCGACUGGUAGUGGUCGCGUGUCAACGAGGAGUCGAUAUUGGCGCAUUAGCUUACUGCUGAUGCCUUUUUGACUGCGCAGCAUUUGCUGUCCUUCUUGCGAGUUCAUCUUUUUUAUUUUCUGCGCAUGGACGUGGGUUGGUGCGUUAGCAUCUCUUUCACAGUAGCAGUUUACGCGAGUACAAGCAGUCGCUCCACUCCAUCCAAACUGCUUCAGCGAUGUUAAGAGAUAUACCGUUUAUUCUUACGUAGCCUCACACUAUACGUGUAAAUUCCACAGCUUGUUGUUUCCUACUGCUCUUGAUGACUCAUGGGGAAUACUCGGCGCUACCGUCCAAAAAAUUUACUCCAGUUGGGGUUUCCUUUUCCCUUCAUAUGGAUGGUAUCAUUGGCAAUGUUUGUCUUACAAUUUCGUCCCUUUUUAGUGACCUCUUGCGCUCGAGCGCCCGUUUGUGCACCGCGUUAUCAUAGUCUUGGUUAUUGGCUGGUACCUCUACCGAAUCAGCCAGUUGGACGAUUUCAGCUCUACUUUUCAGCCCUGUAACCCCCAACCGGGUCGCAGUUUGACUCGUAUUUUUACUCGCUGUUCUCCAAUGGCGUUCCAUUGCGAUUGCGUCUGUUGUCUUAUGAGCCUCGAGACGGAGCGUUUUUAUACCCUUGCAACCUCUAAUGCAUGCUUUGGAAUUCUCCGUUCUGUUAAGCAUCUUGACUACACAGCCACGAUUUGCGUCCGCUGUCCUCUAAGAAUUGAGCACUCACGACGUUCAUAUUUAGCCGUUUUCUGAAUCUCCUAGCGAUCGUACGUCGCACAUUUGAUCGAAGGACGCCCGUCUGUUCACCAGCAUUAACAUCGGCAUGCUCAUCCAACUAUGUGUGCCGUUAAAGGAUUUCUUUGCUCUUACGCUUGUUCCUGCCGAUUCAAGCUGCGACUGUAGUUUUAACUACAUCUGUUCAAGACAGAAGGUUGACGGCUACCGCUGCCCAUGCGGUUGUUCCAGCUUUUGCCGAUCACGCUGCUGUUUCGCCACGCACACCCAAUACGGGAAUGUUUUUUCAUCUCUAGCGCAGUCGAGAAUGUGAAUACGAAUUACUUGUUAGAUACCUUGUUUUCCAUAUUCGUUUUAAAAAAUUAUUCUUGGUCCAC